CGCCCGCCCGCCCCCGCCCGCUCCCGGCCUCAGCGCCGGCCGCGCCGGAUCGCGACGCCCCGCGGCGAGGGCGGGCGGCGGCGGCGGGGGCGCCUCAUCCCCAUCCCGCUGCCGAGGAGGCGGCGCUGACGCAGCAGCGUGGAGCCCGGGACCCGGGCGCCCCGGCAGAGCUCCCGUCGCUGGAUCUCUUCCCCCCACAACCGGGGCCUGCGGCAGCCCCGCGGCGCGGGAGCGCGCCCCGGAUUGGACAUUGAUCCUAUGACGCAUGCCCGGAAGAAACAACUUUUCCUUCUGAAACACCCAGCUGGUUCUGCUGGCCAAGCGUCGUCACCAACAGGCAGCAGGAGGAUGGACAGGACCGACGCGGAGUGCGGCGAGCAGAGGGACGGAGAUGCCACCGAGGCUCCGAACUGUCCAAGUGGGUUUGUGGGGACAAAUAAAAGCAAGAAUUUGCAUGAAGUGCGAAAGACGUACCCACUGCGGAGACGUCUGCUCCCCUCAGUGAACAAAAAGACCUGCAAAGUGCUCCUCACCAGGCUGGAGGAUGUGGCCGGCUCUCUGUCCAAACAGACCCAGAGCUGUAAAAAAAAGGACCUUCCCAGCUGGAUGGAGGGUUUGGGACCGGCUUUGUUCUCCUCUGAACAAGUUCAGCCUGUGGGAGCAGGGAAGAGUGAUUCAUCUGGGGAAAAGUGCACAAUAACUUAUCCAGGGACAGAGCAGGACCUUGAUGCUGCUCCUUCAGAGCCCAGGAAACGCAGGCUGGCCUCGCUGAACGCAGAGGCCGUCAACAAUCUGCUUUUUGAACGGGACGAUGGCUUAUUAUCCGGCAGGCGUUUUCGGAGGGACUCCGUUAAAGCCGGUGGAGACUGUACCGUUAAGAGCUUGCAUUGCAAAGCUGGGGACAACUGGCCCGCGCUGGAAAAAACAGCCGUGAAAACAGGUAAAGGCAAAAACCGGCACGAGCCCAGUCAGAAAUGCAAUAGCUGUGACCAUUCACUGGAUGAGGUCUUUGAGGAUGGGACAAAGAGGGAGGACGGUGCCGUCUCCUACCAUCCCACCCCAAAGAGACUGGCCAGCCUGAAUGCCGUGGCCUUUCUGAAGCUGACCCAUGAGAAAGACCAACCCCUGAAGCAGAGGAGUAAAUCGGAUGGAGAGGGCAAGUCCGAGAACCACUGUUCAAAAUCUACGCUCAAAUGGGCCAAAGCCGGUAGGAAGAACUGCGUCAAAUCCAAGAAGGAGAUGGCUAGCUUGAAAAUGGAAGGUCAGCACGGCUGGCGAGGCCUCGCUGUAGGCGCCUUUGGGAAAGGAGAGCAGCGGGACUCCUCUAGGCUCUACGGGACGACAGAACCCGUCCCUUACGAGUCGCUGUCUAGCUCCUAUGCUAGCACAGAGGGUUUCUACCACAGACUGCCUUUGCUCAUGGGUGGACAAGCUUCCAUGAAGCCGGAGUACGGAAGACCCGGAGAGAAAUCCCCGACCCCCAAACAGGAAUUUCAUCAGCCUUCCUUUCCCGUGCAGCAGUUCCCUCCCCUGCCCGUGCCCGGGAAUCACACGGAUUGUGGAUGUCUCUAUGAAUCCUCCGAUCUGACUCCGUUGAAUGGGUUUUAUGUGUAUUACGGCCAAAGUGGAUACAGUGGCUACUCUCACUGCUCCGUUUACCCCAAGGAGGAGCUUUCGCAGUCUGCGACCUGCGAGGGGCUCUUGGUGUCGCCCGGCUCCUUGCCAUCAGGUGCUCAUUUCCAGCCACUCCACUGGUGUAACUCCCCGUACUGUUGCGGAGAAGGAACGGCCAUUAACAGCUACAGCGUCUGCGGCGUGGUGCACGUGCCGGAGGGCAGGAUCAGCAGCGUGCACGCCGGACGGAACAGCUACCCCUACAAAAUGCCUUUUGCAGCAGAAGGCUGCAAGUCUCUGGACCAGCUGAACCUCACAAUCCCUGUGGCAGGGCACCCCGCGUCACCUGCCCACCCGCUCUCAGGAUGUCCUGUACCCAGCGUGCCACCGGCUGCAGAACCCGUUCCUCAUCUGCAGACCCCCAACUCUGACCCUCAGACCAUGGCCCGAGAAUGUCCACAGAGCUCAAAGCCUCCCAGCGGCUCCAAAUCUGGGCUCCGAAAUACUCCGGGCUGUCUCCACGCCUCCGACAGCAAAGCGGCAGGAGGUCACUCCCAUCCAAAGCAGCAGCGCAUCAGCCGGCGGAGAGCUACCAACGGCUGGAUACCCGUCGGCACAGCCUGCGAGAAGGCCGUCUACGUUGUGAAUGAACCAGAGCCGGCUGUUCGCAAGAGCUACCAGGCAGUGGAGAGAGAUGGGGAGAUCAUCCGGGUACGAGACACUGUCCUCUUGAAAUCAGGACCCCGGAAGAAAUCUAUGCCAUACGUCGCAAAGAUCUCGGCGCUGUGGGAAGACCCCAAAACAGGGGAGCUGAUGAUGAGCCUCCUGUGGUAUUACAGACCGGAGCACACUCAGGGCGGCCGCAAUCCCAGUAUGCACCAGAAUGAGAUCUUUGCAUCCCGGCAUCAGGACGAAAACAGUGUUGCCUGCAUAGAGGAGAAAUGCUACGUGCUGACCUUUGCAGAGUACUGCAGAUUUUGUGCCUUGGCAAAGCGUCGCGUUGAAGGGAUCCCAGGCAGGAAGACCAUUAUGGUUCCUCCCUCGGAAGAGUACUCCACACCUCUGCACCGCAAGGUGCCCGAGGACACUGACCCCGAGCUGGUUUUUCUCUGUCGUCACGUCUACGACUUCAGACACGGGCGCAUCUUGAAGAACCCGCAGUAGCACCGUCCUGCGGUCGGAGCGGAGUGGGGAUGAGCGGCAGCGGAGAGCCGAGGGCAGGCUGGCGGGCCGGGACAUCUCUGCGCUCUCGACGACUUACCUUGUGCUGCUUGCAGAUGGGAGCGCCCAGCGCUCGUUCCUCGGACUGAAAAGCGUGCGCAGGAGUGGAUCCCUGUGGAGGAAGGCAGCAGUUGAAAGCACAGCACUUCAUUAAAAGCAUAAAUGAAAAUAUAUACGUAUAAAAUAAAUAUAUGUAUAUAGAUAUAGGUACUUGCAUAUGUAAAUCUAUAUCUAUAUAUGUAUCUAGAGAUGCAUAUAUUGGGAGGGAUUUGCAGGGGAUAAAAGCCAGUAAACUGAAUCCAGAGCCAUCACUGGUGGGAAUGGUGGAAAGGCGCAGGAGGGAUGCGUCGGUGCAUUGUAUGAGUCAAGCUGUGACAUUUUUGUGGGCUUUCGUGCCCGGACAUGGAGCGUGAGGACAGACCAGUUCCUUGGAGAGCACAGGAGAGUCUCCUUUGUCCCGCAGGACAGACUGAGGAUUCCCGCUGGGUGAGAGCUGCUUCAAAAUACAGCCGUUGCUUUGGAAGCUGCCUGGAUGCCGAGUGGCGUUGCGUCGUGCUUGAAUAGGUUUUGCUCUGUCGGGGCAGAGGUGACCCCUCUUCUCCCUCAUCUUCCUCUUCCCCUCACCUUGCCCUUCUCUGACUCACCGCCUGGACCGGGGCUUGGCAGCCAGGCUUGGAAACACACUCCGAGGCGGAGCAGAGAGGGAGCCGGCAGACCAUAGGCUUUACCCAUCCCAGUGGGGUGUUCCGGAGAGCCUGGCAUUGGCCACAGAUGCCCUGACCCUGCCCCGAAGGGUCCCUGCCCCGUGGAGCACGGUGCCAGCAGCCAUGCGGCGCUCGGAAGCUGGGAGCACACAAAGUGGGCUCCACCUGCGAGAACCAUGGUUUCUCUUCCCUUCCGAGUGUUGCUCUGCCUCUAAUGGCUUAGGGGGCCGUAUGGAUAGAAGCGGGUUCACUCUUUCUUCCCAGUUUGUUCUCCUGUAACGCCGUUUACAGUCCCUGUUUAACCCCAUACGUCUUCAGUGUGAAGAAGCUAGAGGCUGGAGGGUGAAAUGGCAAACCCUUUCUUGAGUGUUUUAGGAUUUUUUUUAAGAUUUUAACCCCCCUUACGUGACCGUCCUGACCCUGGCGUACUGUUGAAGCCAUCAGCAGUGCUGUCUCAGCGCUGCCUUGCAGCCUCCCCCCCUCCAAGCUCAUCCCGGCGUCCGAGCGAGCUCACCAAAGUGGCGUUGUGGCUCCUGAAAGGAACUGAGCAUCGGUCAAGGUUCGCAUGGACAGAUGCGACCCGAGUCCCACAGAUACUGCCUCUUGCCUUACCUGUAUAGAUCCUAGAUAGACGUUAGUUUAUCUUCAUGCAAACUGUUCGAGUUAAUUCUAAAGCAAACCAAAGGCCAGCGCAACAGUCCGUUGAGUCACUCGCACCGAGCCGGGAGUCCGUUUCUAGAUUGCACUAACGUAACGAAGGAGAAUCAGCACCCUCUCAGCCCACGUUCCUGCUGCUGGAGUCGCUCGUUGAAACUAGGGAUCUGCAUUUUACCCGUCUUUUGGGGCUUCUGAACUCGUGUUAAAUGGUGGAAGUGUUCAUACUGCUUUAACGUUGUCCUGUCAGUGGAAGUGGCACUACCCGUGCUCCCCGCCGGCGCCGUGGGACCGGAGGGCUUGCUGCUCGCUCCAGCGGCUGCCAACCCCAGCAUCAGAUCCGUUACGUGGAGAUAGUUUGUUAACGCAGGAGUUCUCCAGAGAUUUGCUCUACAUACCAAAGAGGGGAACGUGUCUAGAAGACAAUGACUCGAGAGGAGAUGAGAAGAUCCGGUACCCACCACAGUAGGUGAGCAGGGCACGUGUCUCCCUGCCGUUGGUGGACGAUUCCUGCUUGGUGUUGCAGAGGAUGCUGGAAGAGCCCUCUCUGUUCUUGCCUGCGUAGCCCGGGGGAAAACACCCUGCUCCGGGAGGUCUGGUCCUAGGUGUGCGAGCAAGAAUUCGGGGGUGAAGCGUCUUCUCUCAUUUAUACCUCAAGAUACUGUUAGUGUCAAAGUAAUUGCUCAGAUUUCUCCUUAACAAUUAGCUUGGGCACUGGUGGUCUCUUGGAAGAACGCGGUUGGGCGGCUGAUCCGGCAGCGGGGUGGCGGGAUGGGAGUCGGGAGCGCUGCUGGGGCUCUCGGAUGGAAGCGCCACGGGGAGUGCAAGGAGGUGUUGGAGAAGGUGGUGUCGGAUGCCCCUGGGGGAGGAGAUUAAGCGGCCGCCCUCCGUAGCAGGGCAGGAGGAUGCUGGGGACGCGGAGCUGCUCCUGCCCAUCGCAGAUGGGGAUCGUGGAGGGGGACGGAGAGCCGCACCCUGGGGCCGUGGCGCAGGGUGGUGGCCUGGAAGGUGACGGGAAGCCCUUGGUGCACACGCUUGACUCGGUAGGGACUCCUUCGGCACCCAGCCUGGAGCAGGCGAGCUGCCCGCGGCCACCUUCCUCAGCGAAAGUGCCACCCGACGGGGGAUGCUUCAAAACCCACCCGCCCGGCAAACCCUGAGCGUCGCUGCAGUCGGGGAAGGGGUUGGAACCAGCCCCGGGAACCGCAGCAGCUCCCUGCAACUCCUUCUGAGCCCUCUCCCCCCCGCUCCCGCCUUCGUCCUGGCUCCUCUCCAGGUAGAAGAGAAAAUGUCCCCCUUUGUCCUGGGCCCGGAACGGGCUUUGGCCCCCGUCUGGAGAGGACAAAUCCUGACUCUUCUCGUGUUAGAAUCUGCUUCAGGCCAAGAACAUUCUUCGAGAUUCACGUGGUUGCUUAUGCUGUUGUGCAAACAGCAUGUAAAUGAAUUGAAAUGUCUUAUCCAUAAUGAAAAUAUUUCAUGCUUUUUUAAUCUAUUAGAUAUGGAAAUAUUUUUUGAAACUGAAAAUGCAGUCGGUAGAAUUUAAAUUGAAACGUAAUACAUGUAAAAUAUAUUUUAGUUGAUAAUUUUGUAAAAUGCACUUUUUUUGUGUCUCUUCCCUGGUUUCCCAGAUCUGUAUUUCAGUGUUUACAGAUGGAAUGAGAACAUUCCCUAUACCCUCCUUCUGUGAGAAAGAUAUAUUAGAAGUAAUUCUUAAAAAAUAAAUUUGAA